GCUGCGGCCUGCACUUCCGGCGAGGCGGCCGAGGCCGUGGUUUUACCUCAGCGGGGCGGGUGAGGGGGGGGCGUCGAGCUCUUCCCCUCCAUCCCCGUCUGUCUCCCCCGCCGCAGGAUGAUCACGGACGUGCAGCUCGCCAUCUUCGCCAACAUGCUGGGCGUGUCGCUCUUCCUCCUCGUCGUCCUCUACCACUACGUGGCCGUCAACAACCCCAAGAAGCAGGAGGGAGGUUGACGGGUCCUCCCCCUCCCUCCCGAGGGACCCCAGGCUGACGCCUGCCCCACGGAGCGGCUGGGCCGAGGAUGCCCGAGCCGAGGAUGGCACCCCCCUCGACCCCCCGAGGAGGCGACCGACACCGCAGGAUCGGCCAGAAGCCGGCCGGGCAAAGGGGGGGGCGUCCAUUAAACCAUUCCCUUCGCUCUCGA